GAAGACACAACAGUGUCAUUUUAUUUCCUGGAACCGUACCGAUCUAGUCUAAGAGUCUUUUAAUCUACAACUGCUUCAAAAUCGAUACCAUAAUCGUUUUCAACCCUUAAUCAAAACACUGCUCCCAAAAGAUGUCCCCCGAGCUCCAGAGCGCGUCGCGCUCGCGAAUCCGCUCGCGUCCAUCCAGGGGAUCCCCCGAUGUGGGGGAAGACGAGUCGAAAAAGAGGCGAAGCUGAACGAAACAGGGUUAGUAGAGACGGUCUUCCGGCGCGGGCGGCGGAGACGGAGGCGGAGCGGGUACCGCCAGCGGCGUCCUGGUGAACAUCGGCGCAGACUCGACGGUACUCGUGCGGGUUCGCGACUCGUCGGCGGGUUCUGGCUCGGGAUUGGCGAUGAUCGCGUCGCCGGGUUGCGAGGAGCAGGGGGCAGCGUUUGAAAGCCGCGACGCGACCCGGCUGCGGCGACGGCGGCGGCGGCGGCGGCUGCGGAGGCCUACGCGGGCGCCGCGAGAGAGACGCUCCUCAGUUGUGUCAAGCUAGGCGAUCGAGUAGGACGCUCUUUAAUCGUUCCCACCUCCGAGUUACUCUCUCACGUACACACACACCGCCUCACACACACGCACACAUACACAUACACCUACACACACCUACACCUACACGCACACACACUCUCUCCUCUCCUUCUCUCUUUCACCUCCCAGUGGUCGGUUCCCCGCAAGCCGCUCUCCGCAGUAUCCGGCAACCAGCGCACACGUGCACACAGACAGACACACACGCGCGCGCUCUAUCUCUGUCUCUCUUCCCCUCUUUACGUUUCGUUCUCUCCUAUAUCUUCCCUCUCUCGCCGUCGCCGGUCCGCCUCGUUGUUCGGCACCGAUCGCGCUCGUAGUCCGCCACCGCCGCUCUGUUUACCCGCACCGUCUGUCCGCCGGCGGCCACGCGCGCGUGCCAGCCCGAGUCACCCUCGCCAGACUCAGGCAGCCAUCAGGAACGGAGAGGUGAACGCUUCAACACCGCCGGGACGGCACGUGAUACGACGCGACGCCGCGGGUCCGAGAGUCUUCGAUUCUUAUCCUCUUGGGAGGCCAGCGUCCCGGCGUCUCCGUAUCUGGCGCAUGCAUGCACACGCUCUGCCACCACACUUCUCGCUGUCCUCCUCCCCUCCGACCGUGUGUGUGUGUCUGUGUGUGUCGAACGCGAGUCCUCGCGAGCAGUGAGAGAACCAGUCGGCUCGGAGGAAGCUCGCUGCCCUGAACUCGGACGGGUUCAAGGUCGUCCUCGUUUCGCAACCGAGGAGCUCCCGACUCGCUCCAAGAGAAAUCGAGCGGACAGAGGAGGAGACGACCGAGCACGGAUCUGGAGCAGGAGGAUCUUAAAGCGGAUCGUUGAGAGCACCCAAACAGAGAAAGAGAAGGAGGGAAAUCGUCGAGGGAGGACGCGAGGCCGAGAGAUUUCUCAGAGAUUUAUAUUUUUCGUUGCGCGGCGGGCCGCGAUUCGUCGACAGCUAGAUAUCGUAGUCAUUCGGACGUCGGAUGAUCCAGCUAGGGUACCAAAGGGGGGACUUUGAGUCGGCGAGGAGUUAAGACGCGGUUAAUUAGAAACAUAAAGGAAACCGAGGAAAGUGGCUCGACUUCGUAAUUCAUUAGACGUUUAACGGACGUUUUUCAGUAAGUAAUUAGGCUAUCUAAAGUAAUUAAGUAUGUAAGGAGAGAUGGUCGCGCGUGAAUCAUGAGCGACUGAUCGAAUUAAAGAGAAUCGCGUCAAGACAAUCAAGCACAGUAGCGGGUUGGGCAUAUAAUCGUGAAACGAGAAGAGGGAAGUUCGCGAAAAAGGUUUCUCUCCACCCUCCCCCCUUCUUCCCUACCCCCUCCCUCCACGAGGAAGCGUGUCUUCAUGUGAUCUCCAGCCUCUGUACCGACUCUACGCGUGUACACGCUCUGUAUCUACAUAGAUAUAUAUGUACAUAUACUUCUAUAUAUAUAUAUAUAUAUAUAUUUACCUCUAUAUAUAUAUAUUUACAUACGACAUAUUAUAUAUAUUUACACUUGUAUACAUACGUUUACAUGUAUACAAUCCUCGCACAUAUCCAAACGUCGGGCCACGUUGCCGUUCAACGAGCGACCCAGUUCAAGAACGAAACAAACGGGAGCCUGUCGUUUCUUCCCUGUGCCCCUAGGUCAGGGGCGUUCUCUGUCAAUCUUCGUGACAAUCAUUUUCAGCUAGCUCUCUUAGGGUAUUCGACUAGCUCUAGCUAGCUCUUUUUAAUCGCCGUACCUUUCGACGCAGCCGGCGCGUAUCGCGUUCAACCGCUGUUCGGAUAAGAGGCAGGAACUUUAGAAGCAAACAAAACAAGUAAUAACACGUACCUACGUCGUUUCAAUUAACGUACGAGCGAGCUGCGCGAGGAGGACUCCACGAGCGGGUCAGCGCGUCUUCGUCUCCUUUUAACGCUCUCCCCGCACUUGACACACAUUUAUACGCCGUGUAUAUUGUAUAUCCCACUCCCCACACCCCCUCCUGUUUUUACCUUUGCACGGCCUGUCCGCGACAUCUUCAGACUACUCGCUCACCUGCUGACAAUCAUCACUUUGUACCGUUGAGCGCGUGUCACGCUCAACUUAGGGUAACCUAGGUCUAUCCGACACUAUCGCUUAGGUUUACCGGUCUCCGGACUCUCUAUGUGUCGCGACUGCACUGUUAUACGAUAAAAAUUUCAUACGCCUAAGCGUAAGCUAGCAAGUAAGGUUUAAGCGAGAAGGGUCAGUUUCCUCGAGACCUAAGGACUCGCCGAGUGCGUCCCACGUCCGAACGACUAUACCAACCGGUGGAUCAACGACGGAAGUCGAUCCAGGGAAAGUAAAAACCGGCCCGUUAGAGGCGACCGAACCGAUAUCGUCGGCCGAGCGUUCGACCUCCUCGAGCGUCCAGCGCGUCGAUCGCGAGGACAUAGAGGGGGCACGAGAAUCGGUCAAACUGUGGUGGCCGUCGUGCGAGUUAACCCGACCUAGCAAGACGGAAUCUCGUUAUCAGACGUCUUUGGAACGUGCCUUGAACGCACAGGAACGCGCCUGGAGCGCACAGGAACGCACCAGGUUCUUCUGGAGCCUGCAGUCGUUGGCCGCGACCGGGAACCGCGGCUUCCUACCCCAACCAAGCAAGUCUUGGCUCGCGGAUACCAUCGGCGCCGACGAGGCACGUUCCUCCAUCACCACGUAUUUUCAUUCGUACCCGUUCAUACCGGGUGGUGCGGUGUCCCUGCCUCCGCCCCUGCUGAGCAGCAUCAACAACGCGGCGGCAGCAGCGAUCACCCCCGGCCUGGUAGGACAUCUCUUCGCCGGCCAGCAAGCCUGCAACUUGGCCUGCAGCUGCACCUGCACGAAUAUCGCCAACUGCAACCCGCACCACCACCAGCACCACCAUCACCAGCAGCAGCAGCACCACCAUCAACAGCAACAGCACCAGCAUCACCGACCGCUAGGCGCUACAACGGUCCUCCUGCAACCGGUUGAACACAUCAAAGACACUAUGAGGGGUAGCGACGAGCUUCUGUCGCAGAGCGGAGCAGUCAGCAAUGGUGCUGCAAUGAGUCCACAACCACAUCACGCGGCCGACAACAACAAUGACGCCAAGAAGGUCAAACUCGACAAGAGCCACAAUGGCAAACCGUCGAGGGUCAUUCAUAUCAGAAACAUACCAAACGAGGUGUCAGACUCCGAGAUCAUCCAUCUUGGUGUACCCUUCGGCCGUGUCACAAACGUCCUCGUCCUCAAGGGCAAGAAUCAGGCGUUCUUGGAAAUGGCGGAUGAGAGUGCUGCGGUAAUGAUGGUGAACUACUAUGCCUCUUGCAUCGCGCAGCUCCGUGGCAGAGCAGUCUACGUCCAGUUUAGCAAUCAUCGGGAGCUCAAGACGGAUCAGACGCAUACCAACAAUGCGAACUCGAACAACCAGGUGGCGAUCCCUGGGCAAAAUCAGGUGGCUCAGGCGCAACCCGAGACCCAAGGGGGUCCGAACACGGUUCUCAGAGUCAUCGUCGAACAGAUGCUUUACCCAAUUUCCCUGGACGUGCUCUAUCAGAUAUUCACACGUUUUGGCAAAGUUCUAAAAAUCGUCACCUUCACAAAAAAUAGCACUUUCCAGGCACUAAUACAGUACGCGGAUAUGCUGUCAGCCCAAACUGCUAAACUGUCGUUGGAGGGCCAGAACAUCUACAACUCCUGCUGCACGUUACGUAUCGACUACAGCAAGAUGCAAAACUUGAACGUCAAGUUCAAUAAUGACAAGUCGAGGGAUUAUACCAACCCCACCCUCCCCAGUGGCGAUGCGAAUUUGGACGCUGCAUCCCUUGCUCUCGGUGGUGAGCUUCUUCCACAAUUACUGAUGGGCGCCGGAUCACAGCCGCGCGCUAGAAUACCAGUAGAGUCCAUUGCAGGGGCACCGGGUGUGCUGCCCACGCCCUUUGCGGCCAUGCAUGGGCUACCUUCGCCCUUGGCGGGUCCCUACAACGGGGUACCACCUGCUGGGGGGCUAGCUGGCCUUGGUGGAUUUCCUCUCGGUGCGGCAGGACUUGGAAUGCGCGUGCCAACCAAUGCGCAAACCUCAGCGGUGUUGCUCGUCAGCAACCUGAACGAAGAGAUGGUCACGCCUGACGCUCUCUUUACCCUGUUUGGCGUUUACGGGGAUGUACAACGUGUGAAGAUUCUUUACAACAAGAAGGACUCGGCACUGAUUCAGAUGGCCGAACCGCAUCAGGCUCAUUUAGCACUGACACACAUGGACAAAUUGAGAGUAUUUGGAAAGCAAAUCAAAGUGAUGCUGAGCAAGCAUCAGACGGUUCAGUUGCCGAAGGAGGGUCAGCCAGAUGCUGGUUUGACGAAGGAUUACACCAACAGUGCUCUUCACCGAUUCAAGAAACCAGGCUCAAAGAAUUACCAGAACAUCUACCCACCGAGCUCCACCUUGCAUUUAUCAAAUAUUCCUGCUACCGUAACCGAAGAGGAAAUUAGGGAAGCUUUUAUUAAGAAUGGCUUCACCGUGAAAGCUUUCAAGUUCUUCCCAAAAGACAGAAAAAUGGCCCUCAUACAGAUGCCUAGCAUGGAUGACGCAGUCGCUGCUUUGAUCAAAAUGCACAACUACCAGCUGAGCGAAUCCAAUCACUUGAGAGUAUCAUUCUCCAAGAGCAACAUCUAACAAGAGUCACAAUCAAACGAUCGGCAGUGGUACCAGUCCUAUGCCCUAGUCCCCUUUUGGUCACCCGGCUCAGAGUAUGGCUGAUGGUCCGUGCGAUGGGCCUAAUGGGUCGGUCGUCCUAGAAGGGCUGCAACGCCAUUGACUGGCCACCUUUGAGCCUUCCUUGGCUCCAAAACGGUGCAGCACGAUGGUAAACGACCGCCUGUCCCUCGCAUCAAGGAGCACAUGCGUACCAACAUUCUGUCACCGAGAUCUCGACUCGGAGGCAAGGACAAAGUACUUCUCGGUCUUUCCGAGAGGAUGCCACACAUCCGUUUCUACAUUUUAUCUUUUCGCAUUCGUCAGACGCUAGAGUUUACGGCCACGUGAAACUCAAAACAGGAUUAGGGCUGCGAACGAGGAACCACGAUGAAAGCGAGGGUUGAGUCUCUUGAAAGUAAAUUGAGAAAACGGCGUUGGCUCGCGUCGAGUCAACGCCAGAACCGCUCAGAGAGAAAGAGAGAGGAGAGGUCCCGGUACCUCCCGCGGUAAGCGAACGAAGCAUUUUCAACGGAGAAAGGAGAGACUAGGAUUAUAAAAUGGGUACGAAGAGGGACUCUCGCGCAGAGUUGAUCUUUAAAGCAUAAGGUAUAUUAUAUAUAUAAAUAUAUAUAUUAUAUAUUUUACAAGCGUAACGCCAGCCGCUGACGGCGGGGCGACGCCUUCAAACUGAGUAAAGUGUUAAGGGUUUUUAAAGUUAAACGGAUCCGAGACAUCCGUUCGAUCCAUCAAAGAAGCACGCGUCUUUGGUUAGCUUGUAAGAGAUUGUCAACGCAAACGCGACAUGCGCAGUCAGAGGACAAAGCCAGGUAAGAAGCGAGCUAGAUUGAAAGUAGCGCGCGUUUAGAGCUACCCGAUGAUGACUAUGAUCAGAUCCUCGCGUCAGCCACGAGUUUCCUUUGUUACUUGAGCGUCGAGCCCUAGGGGGCCGCGCGAAACCGAACGGCUUAACGGUCUAAGAUUAAUUGUUAAGGCUACGUCAACGGGACCCUCAGCGUUCGCACCCUUUGCCCUCAACCAAUCGUAUCUUCGCUCAAAGAUGAAGAGAAAGAUUAUAUCUUUACCGAACGAUCGAUUGGGUAGGUGGGAUGGAGGCGAUAGUCGAAGUCAGUUCCGCCACGCGUGGCAGCCGGUGCUUCUUCGUGGGCCAACCGAUCCUUUCUUUGUUUUGUAAGGUGUACCUUCAGUAUUUUCGACGGCUGAACGAUCGAGCUAGAUCCUCGUCGAUUCCGAUUGGCCUCUGUCGACUGGCCACGUGGCGGGAUCGUGCGCUAUCGUACGUCGUUGCAGGUGGUAUUUUUAUAAUUUGUAUGCUCGACGAUAAGUAUUAAUCACACGCAAACGUACACACUCAAACAGACACAAACGUGGACUCGAACGGACACGAACAGAAACACACGUUCAGACGCAGGUUUCUUAGCUGAUAGGUGCUUAGGAUUGUGUAGAAUCUUUAAUCGUAUAAUAAGGAUCAAACCACACAAGUAUAAUGACAAGGGCGGUAGAGGAGUGAACCGUUAAACAUAUCGCUAAUUAAACGAGGAAAAAAAAAACAAACAAGUUUGUACAUGCGUAUAGGGAAAUUGGUGGGGCAGAUCGACCGGCGAUUCUCGAACGCCUGGUAGACGGAUCAGCAUUUCCGGGGACGGACCAGGCCUACCGGAAGCCGGAUUAGUUCCUGAUCUCUAAGCAUUCCUUUCGACAGGCGAAGAGAGCGCCCACCCCCCUCCCUCCCUGUAAGGCGGACGUUAGAACUAACCAGUCAGAGAGGAGACUAUAGGGGAGGUUUUUUUGUGUUUGAACCGCUAGUGUCGUGUAAGAUAAUAAGGUAAAUUUAUGAUGAAACUAUGAUACACACUGUAGUCGAUAGUCCGCAGAGCGUCAAUAUAUUAUAUAAAUAUAUAUAUAAAUAUAUAUUAACAAAAAAAAAUGAGAUGCCCGUGGGAAGGUUUAUCUGGGCAGUGAAAGGGGAGAGAGAACGAUUAGAUGCGAGUUUUGAUUAGCACAAAAGACUCGCGCGCGAGACGCACAUCACACAAAACACACACAUACCACACAUGGUCGCAUGAUCAAAUCCUCGUGUCAAGAAAGAAAAUUUAUCAGUAGUGUCGUAUCGUCGUGACGAAUGGGCUUCCGGUGAACGUCACGGCGACGGUAGCCGUCUGGAUCUUGAGGUCUUUAGAGUUUCAAGUCUGAGAACGUUUGAUGUGCGAGUGGCGCCGCGACGUGCCACGGAAGCUCGCCGAUUUCUGUCUAAUCGACGUUCUGUUGGAGUCAAUUAAAUCUUAUUAAUAUACGUAUCGAUCGGUAGAAAGGUAGAUGGAGGGAAACUGAGUGAAAGUGGAGCGGAAGUGGUUGGCUGCGAGAGAGGAUUGCUGAGAGAACAAAAGGUUAAGCGAGUGUUGUUGCGUGAGCCAGAGAGAAAGAGACUAUGAGAUCCGAGGCGAAGUGAACAAACUAAUAACAGAAAAUUACAAAAAAAUAUAUUUAACAAAAGCGAGUGCCGGCCCGGGCAGUGUUGUUUGUGCCAAAGUAGGCUAGCCGUUAACUCUAGGAAGGAAUCUCUCAACGGGUCAAGCGAGCGAUGUUCCUCGUGAUCGUUCGGACGCCGAUCUUCAAGAUUGGACAGUCAUUUAGGGAUUGGAUUCCACGAGCCUCCUCGCCAAUUCCUUCUGGAUGGCCUAAAUCGGUUUACAUCGAUCUGUUAGAAGCUAAACCUCUUGGAUGUUUGGUUUAUAGUCUCAAUAUCAGAUCCAAGCAGGCAGUCGUUCCAAAUCUGAUGAAAUGGAGGCGAGGUCCCUUUAGAAACUGAAUUUUAGAUCCAAAUAUGCCACCUGAUCCUUGGAUGAUGGUUCUAGAUCGCUUGGAGCUGAUUCUCGCUGGCCAAGGAGAGCAGGAAUCGACCAAUCAGUCGAGACGUAGCGAGUAGCCGGCAUGAGCGAAGGGGCCAGUCUUUGCAUCUAUGAUCUGUCUUUCGAAUCUCCGAUGUAUUUACAUUAUUUAAUCUGAUGACUGCAUUUAUAGAUUCUACCGGAACCGUAGUGAGUCGCUUCCGUCGCGCGAUGAUCGCUAAUUACACGUCUACACAUCGUAUACACGAAAACAUACGCGUUUCUUUGUCAACUUCUGCGUUUAAAGUAUCUUCUAUGAUUCGCGUAGUAGCUUUUAGAUUCUCAUGUUUUGUUUCGACUUUGAUGUCCAAGCAGACACUUCUUUCUUUACAAAGUGAAAGAUCAAUGUUUCCAGUUAGGUUACUUGUCGUUACGUUCUUUGAAGAUAGAAAAUCAAGCUCGAAAACCCCCUUUUUCAUAGGAUUAACGACGAUUUAGUUUAAAAAAUAGUUUAUAUAUUUUCACGUAUUUUAUAAAUGGACUUGUACAUAUUCUUAAAAAUAUGUAUAUUUGAUAAGGCAACUUCUCUUCAUUUAUCGUUUAGGUAUAAACUUUCUUGCCACAUUGAACAUUCAGGGAAAAGGCGAUCCACAAUUGCCGAUAUUCAACCAUUUUUACACACUUCCUCAUGAGCCAGUAUACAUUAUCGAGAACUUCACUUAAAACCAUCGCGAAAAAUGUGAUCUUCCUCAGUUGGAAAGAAGUUCAGUGUCUGCUUAAGCCUAAACUUCUCUAAUCGUCGUGCAGUUCUCAGCAGGUCUUAUCUUCUAGUUAUACGUUCUCUUCUUCAAGUAUUAAACAGGCUGUUUCGAUGCACAAAUAAACCAUGGAACCCUGAUUCAGGAAAACUUCUUCAGGUACAGCCGAAGGCCUCCUGCACAAUAGUAUUUCCAGCACAAUGUUUCCUAAGCGUACCUGAAGAGCCUGCAAACCUUACUUCAACUGACAGAACUUCCAAAUUUCGUCGCUGACGUCGCCAUUCUGCGUUGAUUUUACUGGAGGUCUCUUCAGAGUUUCCAGAACACAUUCCCGCUCACACAUUGUCACUCGUACACGGCUACACGACACACGCACAUACAGAGACACGGAAUUCGUUAUUUUGUACAGUCUGUUGCGCUGGACAGAGUUCGAUUCCCAGAAGGAAAAUGUGUGCGAUGCUUCCAUCGAAUUUUUUACGAAUUACUUUUGGCGAACUCAUCCAGCAUUUUUAUUAAUUAUACUGUAGCGCAAAAAGCAGGGUUACAAAAAAUUAAAACGUCGGAAAAGUUUUGAAAAUAAUCCAACAAACGAAGAAACAGCAUUUCCUCCUGAGAAUCGAGAAUCUGUCUCGGUACCAGCUCGCCUGCGACAGCUAUUCUAUCUAAUAUUUAUUGCGAUGACAAUGAUUUCCACUUCCUUUGUCUAUUUUCAAAGGGGAGAGCUGCCAAGAGGCUUUCUCCGUUUUCGCCAAAAGAGAAGGAAAAUAUGAAUUUCUAGACGAGGAACAGUAGUAAAAGCUUUAAGAAAUCAAUUCGGUGAAUCAAACGGGACAGCCGUACCGGGUUGUAAAUUAUCUACAGGGUGCCCGGAGUUAGUUGCGCAACUUGGUUCCGUUUCAAAUGGCGUUCAAAUCCUUUCUGAAGUCCCACCAAGCACAAACGUAAAAAUAUAUAGGUAAAGAGAUCUGCAAGACCUGUCGUUGUCGAAGUGUUUUGUUAAAAAAAUAAUAGUACGACCAGAGUCAUUUUCUUUCAAAUUUCAGAUAAAAUCUGCCUUCUUUUUAAUGGUCCUCGAAAAUAGAGGGACGCCAUUUUGAAUGGAUUCGCGAGGAUCCGAGAGAUGUAGCUUUUUAAAUUCUGAAAAAAAGAGGCACCCUGUAGACGGAUUAGAUCGAGUAUAUCUCUAGCUGGGUUGAGGGGGGCCGAGGUGAGGGUUGGGAUAGCCAGCACUCGCUACAUGGUGUCGCAGAUAUUCAGGCUCCGAAAUUUCUCCAGACCAACUGAACACCUUGCGAAAUUCUAGAAGAGUUGUUCUAAUAUAUAUAUACAUACACGCAUAUUCAACGUAACUUCCUCAUUAUAGACGACGUAUUUUUAUAUAUUAUAAAGACCAAUGGCGUGACAAAUCUCGAUCGCUUCGAUCAUUCAAUGUAGUUGUCUAAAUAGAUCCCAGCAGACGCACCAUGGACUCUCCUUACAUUUUACUCUUUGUGGAUAAUGGAUUCUUAACGGGAACAAAUUCGGCUGACGGUUCAGAGUAUCAGAGAAAAAACAUCUGCGACAAGAAACGGGGCUAAAGUUCAGAGGAAGCAUCGAAUUCCUCUUAGAAAAAGGUACCAUUCGCAAGGCUUUCUUAAUUCUCGGUUAUUUCAUCGAAACAUUUUACCGAAAGGAGUUUGUAUAGUGGAGAAUUCGACAGUAGCGAUUAAUAAGAUCAACAUUUUCUCUAAACCAUAAACAGACAAUCAGCUUAUCAGAUUCUAUUAAGAUCGAACACCGUCAAACUUCGUUAGACUGAACUACAGAAUACUUCUCUAGCGAGAGUAAUCGUAAGCGUUUUUGAAAGUACAGUUCAACUACUUCGAGACAAAAUUUAAAGAAUUUCGAACAUUUCACGGAUUUACAAUUCUUUUCAAACUUCAGAAAUUAAACAUUGAGAUGACAUUUUGCAUCGCUCGAGCAUAUGAUAUAUAGGAUGCAUGAACUUAGACAAUCAGACCCCAUUGAACUAUAUCGAAACACCAUCAAACUUCAUCAAAUAGAAUUAAAAAUUAUCUUCAGUGCAGAGUACAUUUUAACAAUAUAUCUCGAAGCAAAAUGUAGGAUAUGUCGUUGUUAACGAUAAAACAAAUUUGUUGACAGAAAAUAAGUGUUUGAAAACUCGUUAAUAGGAUAAAAUUGUUGUUCGGAUCAUGUCACACUUCGCUUAGCUGUUACAUACUCAGUAGAAAACAGAAACUGUGACAAUCAGCUUGAUCAAGCUCCAUAAAAAUCUGUCAAACACCGUAAAACUUAAUGGGAAAAUAUCUCCAGUUCGAAAUAAACCCUAACAGCAGAAUAUAGAUGGUGGUACUAAAUUAUUCCAAGACAAAACGUAGGAUAUGUCACUGCUAGACAACUAUAGAAAUUCGUCGACAGAAAUUAAAUGUUCGAAGAGUCUAACGAUACUUUUUAAUAGGAUAAAAUUGUUAUUCAGAUCAUGUCACACUUCGCGUAGUCUGUAGAAGACAUAAACUGUGACAAUCAACAUAAUCAAGCUCUAUCGAAUCCUGUAAAACUAUCAAACGCCGUCAAACUUAACAGGAUAAUAUCUCCAGUGCAAAGUACUUCCUCGAAAAAGUCCAAAAAGGUUAACCAGAAGCCUCGAAUAGUAUUUUUCAACGCUCCGAAAGGGCUGCUGACACGUUGAACACGAUCGAGUAAAAAUCCUUUUUCACCAAUCGAUGCUACACAGAGACCACUAUGAAGAAUGGGAAGUAGUAUGCGAAGAAUUCUAAUAGAAAGUGUAUGAGAAUUCGUGUGAAUUUUGCCGCGAGAGGAAACCAAAAUGGAAAUUAUCUAUUCGGACCAAGGAAAUUCGGGGUCUGGUUCGAGCCACGCAGUAGACGAAGCUUAGCCUACAGAGGUUAUUUAGGGACUAUACUAAACGAAGGCGUGUAUGUGCACAAACGUUCACGAAACACGUAAACGAUACAAGCGUUAAACACACACUUUACAAACAACAGACACGACCAAACGACACACGUACACGUAACCACACAUACUGGCGCGCGCGCAUACACCUACACACACACAACACACACACACACACACACACACACACACACACACAAUGUAUAUCUCCUAUAUACAUAUAUAUAUAUAUUUGAUAUAUCGCAUUGUAACAGGUGUGUCCAAAAGUGCGCAGCGGCUGUAUCCCAAUAAUCUAUAUUUUAUUAAUAACUGAUAAGUGUAGGAUUACCGACGUUACGGAUUAUGUAAUGAUCUAGAAGAGAAGAUUAAUCUAUUACGAAUAUAUUGUAUAUGCGAUAGAGAUACGAGAGAGAAAGGGCACCGAGGUGAUGACAGGUGAACAAAACAAAGCGAGAGGAGCAGAGAGUGAGAGCGUCAGAAUUGACGGAAUGCCAGGUGAGAGUGAGCGAAUAGUAUGGAAGGAAAAGGUUUAAAUUAAUUAUCGAUACACGUGUAAAAUAUAUCGUUGAAAUUAGAGAUGGUCAGCUCGCCUAAUCGGGGCCUUAGGCUUCGUUCGAACCGAGAUUAAACUGAACUCGACCUUCGAUUGUCUCUGCGACCUGGAGGCCAGCUUGGCAGAGGUCGAAAAGCGACGAUUAGGGUCGUUGAACAAAACUUUUCUUUGUGGUGGAUGUUAGACAAGGUUCACAGGGAAGGGGGGGACGAUUUAAUCCGUUCGGGCUGGCAGGACGAGAAAGAGAUACCUUUAACGCGCACCCGAAGCCGCCAUCUUCGGCCAUCGACGGGUGCCGGUUGUUGAAAUAAGUGAAUAUUUAAUUUUUCCUACGUGGCGAAAGCGUUUAAAAGACACACAGGGUCAAGCACAGUGAAGAUGAGACUCCUUUAAAAAAGAGGAUCUCUACGAGCAGGACGCCUAAUGGUGUUUAUAGGAUAGGUGAAAUUUGCUGGACUAGUUCCAAAAUGUCUUCUUGGGUCCUUCAUUCGUUACGAAUCGAUUUCAAUCAAGUCGUUCGUUAUGAAAGUGGCGUGAAUCUUCUUAAAAAGUUUCAAUGUUAACGAGGCAAUAUUUCUUUACGAAAGUGUCGACUUAAUUGUUAAACAAAAUCGUGAAAAUAUCUUUCGUUUGUAAAUGCAAGGUCGCGAUAGAGUUAUCAUUCGUACCACCUGAUUGCUUUAAAGACUUUGAUUACACUUCAACGUUGAUUGAACUAUAAACCUUCUAAUCCCCGAAUAAACGAAGAUGGACACUUUCAUAAUUAAUGACUCGAUUGUACGAGGAUCGACAGGAGAUAGUUUGUCCAGAGAUCCCAAGAGUCUAGGUUAGUGUCUUUUUGAAGCUCAACAUAUCAACAGAACUGACGUCGCGGUUUCUAGGUCCCUGUUACCAGGAGAAACACUUUGGAACUGUCCAGAAGCUUCGUUUCCCUUUUCUUUUCCUAGAGAAAGAUGGAUCUCCGAAUGAAUCUCAUCCGACGUGAUCGAUAGGAUUCGAUAUUGGUGUGCCUGUUGACCGAGUGACUCCGCAAUCUUCUUGCCCGUUUUUCUCUUCCAUGAAAACCACGUUAGGCUAUAGGGUCCUCCUGACUUCACGGGGAACUCGUUCAGCAGCCAAGCAGAGGAUCCAUCGAUUCUCGAGUGGCAGGCGUCGAAUUCCCUGUCGGUCAGAGGUGCAGGACGAGGAAGGCCUCAUGGUUGAUACUAACCGAAGCUUUAGAGUCGUGUCCCUUGGGUAAAAUAAUCUUCAGGGGGUCAAACGACACACUGACGAUGAGAUAUCAGUGAUAUGAAGUAUAGUGAAAUAUUAGCGUGUCCUUCGAUCUCCUUAAGAAGCCAGCUGUGUAGCACUGGAACUCCUCUAGCUGUAAGUUUGGAGUGUUUUGCCCAAAGGACAUGAACAGCAGUCUCGGUUAGUAUGAACCGUGAUGACCCGGACCGCGAAAGCCUCAAAUAUCUUAUUGAAGGCAGGUCUCGUUCGCUCGACUUCUAUUGUUCGUUAGUUGAUCAUUAUAAUCGCUGUUGUGACGUUGAUGUAUUGCCAAAGGGAAAACAGAAGGUUGGCAUACCGAGGAAAAGACGGGAUUAGGCUAACCAGUGCCGAGGUUGGUGCAAAAGGAUGUUGCAAGGGGCCCCUCGAGACUCGAUGUAACAUUGACAUACCCCGAUCGAGCGUAAGCGUAAUCGCAAACAGGAAAACUCAUCCCCAUAUGCACAGGGCCGAGGAACUGUCCUUAGGCGAUAUUCGACCGGAGAUGUCAUCCGUGAAAACAAGUAACGAGUUAAGUCGCGUGAAACGUAGAGAUUUAUCUAAGGAGUAGUUGUUAAGUCGAUGAACAAACAUGAAUUAACAAACAAACAAACAAACAAACAAACAAACAAACAAAAAAAUCGCAAAGCUGUAAACAAAGAAGUAAAAGGUUAAACAAUGAUGGAAAACAAACGUAGCGUCUUAGACUCGUGUAGUAGCCCCCUUUCUAAUUAAGCCUCCAGAACUUUCAAACGAGUACUAUUGUAUAGUUAAACGACAAUCACUCGACUCUCUGUAUCGAUAUAAUUUGAUGAGGAAAGCGAAUCCCUGAGCCGUCGGAAAAGCUGUCGAACAUCCUUUCUCAUACAUUCUCUUAGGUUCUCCUUCGUUUCUUUUGGUCUUCUCGUCUGCCUAAUUUCUCGAAGACGUUCUGGCAACGUCUGGGACGCGUGUGAUAACGAUUUUCCGUAACAAUCUUCUUAUUUCGAGGGAAACUGGGUGGGUUUUGGAAAUUUCCUUUCUUUCCCAUUCUCUUCCAGUCGUCCUACGUUCCUCGCCGACGACAGCUGCGAUUCCACACGCGUUCUUCGAUGCUGACGAAAGUCUAGUUUGUUGAAAGCGCAGAGGAUCGUGGCGGUUCGAUCGGUAAGUUCAGCGUUGAUUGAGAAGAAGUUCUUAUGUUGAUCGUAAGGGAAAUCGAAGUUCAAGCCAGAUAUGAGAGAGACAAAUAUAAAAGGAAUACAAUUGUGGGCCAGGAAUUGCGUUGCAAGUCACAAUCAGCUCGCCUCCGGCAAGACAAAUCAAUUUUCUUUUUGUACGUGGAACAAGAAAAACAAAGCGUGAAAUCAAUUGUCAGAGCGAGCGUUUUACGGUUAAGCUCUUUCUAGUAAGUUUGAUUAGAGAUUAGUUGUGUACGAGGACGGUACGAGGGCGAGGAGAUUAGUAACAAAGGGUAAUUAUUCACGUUCACCGAAGCACAAAUGGAGACAGACACUAGGAACAAUCGUUUCUCAUCGUAUGGUCGCUCGUUAUUGAAUUGUACGUUGUUUAGGGAUCUUUGUAAGAAAAAGGAAGAAUUUCUGACUGUGGUGUUGAAAGAGAUCGCCCUUAAAAAGUCUUCUAGCGAUAAACCAGCCAGCUAUGCUUUAUUUCCUGCUAGAAAAAUCAGUUUCCUACAAUUUUAACACUGUCUGUGGAAUUCCAAAACUCAAAGGUCUUCAAUUUACCUCUCAGAGAAGUUAUUUUCAAAUACAAUAAAGAGUUAGGCCAUCCCCAGUAAAAUUAAACUCCAAAUCUGAAACUGGAGAGUUAGAAGACUUCUGAAAGUAUCGAAUUGGGCCUAAGUUUGAAGCAGGCCUAAUCUAUCUCUCUCGCCACCAAGUCCAGAAGACAUAUACAUACGAAGACCAUAGGUUGAUGUCGAAAUAGACAACGUUGGAUCAUUGUAUAGUUCAAUGUCGACCGAUGAUUCCUACGAAGCAUUUACACCAACGCUCGCGUACUCACACCGUUUGCAUUUAUCACAAACCGGACUCACACAGCCACGCACACGUACAGACACACAGACCACGACCGCACACAGAUGUAUGGGCACGUACCGAUCGCUCUUCCACGUGUCUUCUUUCGGCACGGCGUCAUUUACUAUACACGAUUUACAUCUACGAUUUUUAUACCUCGAUUACAAAGCCCCCCGCCAAAACCCCUCGGAGGAUAUGUUCCAUUCUACGCGUGUACCCCUGCGACAGGCCCGGAAGUGAUCGUUUCUCGAGACUCGACACAAGGAUCGAGAAAGAUGACGAAUUGCCUUCGGAAUUGUAUUUCUGUGACAUGGCAUGGAUGGGCAAAAUUUUACGCCGAUAAUACGCAUAAUGCUUUAACCACAAUGUUUAUUCUAUUGGGUAAUUAUUCGUUACGAGAUGACAAAUCUUGCAAACUUGAAAUUCGUAUGCAGGUGAUAAAUCUUGCCCAUCUCUGAGUUCUGAAACUGAUACAGGGUUACUUCCGCGCCCCCCCCCCCCCCCCCCCAACACCUUCUUCGUAGAUUAUUCUCGGAACAUUUAAUUCAUGCGUUGACUUACGGUAAACUUCGUACCGCUUGCCGUUGCGUCGCCCUACUUUUCUUUAUUCUUUAACGGUUACUUUUUUUUUAUUCUCUCUUUUUUUUUUUUACUAUUACGAUUAUUUACUAUUGCUAUUAUUAUUACUAUUAUUAUUAUUAUCAUCAUUACUAUUACUUUUAAUCGCCACCGUUUAACACUACCGUUCGUUACUAUUAAUGAAGCUACUUAUUAUUAAUCAUUAUUUACUCUUACAUCAUUAAUUAUUCGCUAGUUCGUACUCUCUACUACUAUCUCUAUACAUUACUAUUAUUUCUUUGUUUUUUUUUUUUUUUUAAUUUUCUAACUCUAGACUUUUUACCGAUAAACGACGGGUUUAAGCUCUCCCCCCCCCCCCUUCCUCCCUCCCUCCCUCCUCCUCCUCCUCCAUCACUCACUUUCAAAGCAGAGCUCGUGCUUAGUUUUUUUAAUAAUCGAACGAGCGAACACGAAAUGGUAUAAUGAUAAAAAGAAAAAUGAAAAAAGGAAACACACAAGCGAUACUUUUGUAAAAUCGAGCGUUUAAUUUUAGCUGACCUUAGUUUAGGCUCGUUGUUUUAAUCGAUCGGCGCUACUAUCGUUUAAUCUACUCCCCUCUGCCCCCCUUUCGCUUUCACACAAUUUCCUACGAAUUUUCCAUCUUCUAUCAUGCGAUCUGUACUUUCGCUUAUCUCUAGUAGUCAUUUUCUAUUUUUCAACUUUCUCUCUCCUCUCUCUUUCUCAUAGUACGUACAUCGUAUUAUCUCUUACCUUUAUAUUAUCUCUAACUCUUAUCACUAUUACUCUUACUAUAUCGUCUCUACUACUAUAUUAUCUGUCUAUUACUAUUACUACUAAUAGCGCUACUAUUUCCGCCUAUCGACCUUGCUGGUCCAAGGCGUCUCGUUCUGUCGACGAAAUUGUCAAAUAAAUUGACCUUUCGAGAUCUGAUAAUUUUUAUUUCUUAUGGUCAUUAUUGUUAAAUGAAAUCGACUUUGAAAAAAUCUAUGAAUUUUCUGAUUCAACACAAAUUGUUGUUUACGGGGCUCUUUGCGACCCGACUUUGACGUCCUCCAAUUUCUCACACGAUUAAUAUUAAGAUAAAAAUUUUUUAAUUUGUUUGACACGUUUGUUAAUUAAUUUAUCGGUUUAAAAUGGGUUGCUAAAUUGUACAUUUCGAAUGGAAAGUGAGAAAAUGGAAUGUCUAGAAUGAAAUUACACUAUCAGGUCGAAGUUUUGAAGUGACUGACUAUGGCAAUGGACUUGCAAGCGUUUGCAAAAUAAAAUGACGAAUAUCUGAUAGUCUUAAUGCUUGACAAAUGCCAUAAUCAAGCUGAGAACGCAAAAAAAUAGGGCGCAAAGGGUCCAAGUUUCCAGUCGACAAAAUGGCGGCGUCUUAAACUUCUCACCACUCAUUGUAAACCAUCUGCGAUUUUUGCGAUACGUAAGCCUGUUCUUUAGUUUCUCGCUUGAUGCUCGCCGACAUUUUUUCCUGUUUACUCACAGCCCCCCGACCCCCUUUUAAAGAUUCAACCGUGCCCCACGAAGGGAUCAGAAAUCAUCGAGCUUCGAACCGAUACGAAAUUGUAAAACGCAGCAAACCUUAAUCAUCCACGCCCACCUCUUUAGAUAUACUUUUACGUUUUCGAGCAUGCUCUAUCCGACACACUGUAUUUUGUCUGUAUCCGCGAGUUUCGGUUUUAUCGCGCUUUUCCACUGGGAAAACCGAGUGUCGAAGGAAGGGAAGGAAACAAAGAGAAACAAAACAGAACACGACGAGAUCAUUUGCUAGCGAGCGGGCAAAAGAACUAUACGUAUUACAUAUAGCCGAUUUGUCAAGAAAAAACAAAAUGAAUGGAAAGAUAAAUAAACCUGUCCGUUUUUUGUGUUC